AUGUACACUACUCCAACGAUGUACCCGUCUCUCCCGAUCAACCGCUGCCACGCAACAAGCGAUACUCUCGAGUCUUCGAUUGCACCCGACUCCAAGCGCCGCAAGAUCUCCGUCAAGCAGGCUUCUGAUGUCGCUGCGCCUGAAUCGACCUUUGCGAACCGACGGCGGAGGAGCCUCAGCUUCCCUCUUCUCCGGCGGGUCUUCGUGGACCUCGUCAAGUACAAAGUGCUGUCAUUUCAGUUGAACGUCAAGCAAGUUCAAAACUGGCUUCGGUUGCUAAAGAAAAAUUGGAGAGCGAGCGAGAUACGUUCAGCUUUUGGAAGCGGCAUCGAGGAAUCUCUGGAAGCGGUUAAUGAACAGGGUCACUACGUCACAUUGCCUGGGCUAGUUCGAGAGUACGUACGUCUCGAAAAAGUUCACGCAGUGGCUCAGAAAGCGAAAUUCGAGAAAGAGCAGGAGAAAGCAGCUAGUGUUGAGUUAUGUACGUCUGAGAUUAUCGCAGAGAGUAACACUCGCAGAGCAGUAGGUUACUUUGACGAACUGGAUUCGUUCUCCGAGCCCGAAGACGCCGUAUCGGGCUCCCGUUCGGCCGAUACGUGCAACUCAGCGUCAGCCAAAUCGACCCCGGCGAAAUCUAGCAAAGAGUGGUUUGUUGUGUUCGAACCAAAUCAGAACGCUUGGAUAAGCGUAAUCGUGACGAAUUUGCUUUGCGGAAGCAACACUUUGAAGCGAAGUUGGACUGACAGGAGCAAUAACAUGCAGAACUACUGGAGUUGUAGAGAAGUCGAGUAUUGGCUUGCAAAGCAGCAGAAAAACAUAAUCGGGAGCUGA